CAUUCACCCAUUUUCAUUCCCGCUGUUUCCUCUCUCUCUCCUCUCUCUCUCUCUCUUCUCCUCACUCCAUUUUUGCUUUCUCUCUCCCCUCAGAAUUUUGUUUGCACUCAAACAUAUAUUCACAAAGGCAACACACACCCACUCAAACCCAUAUUCAAAUUUGAUUAUUUAUGCGUGUUAAUUUGAAGUUUUUAUUUGGUGAAUCCUGGAGAAGAAACCCUAGCUCUUGAAUAGAACCCUAAUUCGGUCAGUCCCUGUUUGUUCUUUUUUUGGUUGUGCUGCGGAACCGGUCCGAUUCUUGGGGUUGCUUCUGUGGGUUUUCUGAAUUGGUGUUGAAAACAUUGGAAAUGGAGGGGACUCCGCAUCCGAUACCGAGAACCGUGGAGGAGGUCUUCAACGAUUUCAAGGGCCGUAGAGCUGGCCUCAUCAAAGCUCUUACAACUGAUGUCGAGAAAUUUUACCAGCAGUGUGAUCCCGAGAAGGAGAACCUCUGUCUAUAUGGGCUUCCAAAUGAGACAUGGGAAGUUAACCUGCCUGUUGAGGAGGUGCCACCUGAACUACCUGAGCCAGCACUUGGAAUAAACUUUGCGAGGGAUGGUAUGCAAGACAAGGACUGGUUAUCUCUUGUUGCAGUUCACAGUGAUUCAUGGCUGCUUUCUGUUUCGUUCUACUUUGGUGCACGAUUUGGAUUUGGUAAAAGUGAAAGGAAGAGGCUUUUCCAGAUGAUUAAUGAGCUACCAACCGUAUUUGAAGUUGUGACGGGAGCUGUUAAGCAGGCAAAGGAACAGGCUGCUGCCCAAAAUAACAGCAGCAAGAACAAAUCGAGUGGCAGAAUGCCAUCUCGACAACCUGAGUCCCAGUCCAAAGGAGUUAAGCCGUCUGCAACAAAGGAUGAGGAUGAGAGCGGAGAGGAAGAAGAAGAAGAUGAUGAACAGGGAGCGACGCUUUGCGGUGCUUGCGGAGACAAUUACGCCAAUGAUGAAUUCUGGAUUUGCUGUGAUGUGUGCGAAAGAUGGUUCCAUGGGAAAUGUGUGAAGAUAACACCUGCGAAAGCUGAACAUAUCAAGCAGUACAAAUGCCCUAGUUGCAGUAGCAAGAGGGCUAGAGUUUAAUCUACCGAAUUGGAACUUGAGGAUCAAAGACAAUCAGUUCAGGGUAGAAUUGUUAGUGUUUAACGUGUCAAAAGUUGGAGAAAAGGCAAAGUCACUGGCCUGUGUUAGUUUAUAAAUUAGAAUGUCUGCUGAUGGGGAUAUCAAUCCUUUUGAACUUCUGGAUCCCUGUUUCUCAAAUAUGCUUCUGGAUUGUACUUUAGGAAUGUUUAUGGAAAGUGUCGUGCUUCUAUCUUAGAGUGGGAUUAUGGAAAGACAUUUCCCUUUUAUAUUUCUCCUCAAUUUUCAUAUUGUUAAACUGCAUCGUUGGGACAGCAAACUCGCUUUUCUGCUAAAGCAGUGUCCUGCAGUAUGUAUAUUUGAAUUUUUUUAUACCAAUUCAUGUUUGUCGUCCUACAUUUA